AUGUGGAGUUGGUGCUCAAGAACAUGCAUUGGCCAAGUUCUUCUCUUACCGCAUGGAGUCUACAAGGAGCUCACUUGUGAGUUUUUGGUCGAUGAGGUCACAAGUAUGGAGCUCGAUCGAGCUGAGUUGGACCAAGGAUUGGGAUGGAUCACGUUCUUGGCAAGGGAGAGAAGGAAGAUGGUGACCUUUAGGCAGCUUGAGAUCUGUUUGGGUUCACUAUGGAGAAGGAACCAAUGGAACAUCAAGGAAGAUGAACUCCAAAGAGUUGGGCUACAAUCGCUGAGGGGUACUCUUCCUCAAGGUCCAAGGCUGCUCAGAUCAGGAGCCCAGUGCUUGAGAUAUGUCCACAAGGCUCUUGCCAACACCUUCUUUGCAAGGAAAGCACUGGACAAUCAAUGA